AUGUCGCUCGUCCAAACAACCAAUAGACCUCGUUUCGCAGCACCUACACCGCAUCCUCGAGCGAAGCCACGGCUUUCACACCCACUUUCACAAGUGUACACACCGGGCUUGGCAGAGAAAGACACAUCCUUUAUCUCCACCGCGUCUUCGCACGAUCUGGCCACACAUGCCCGAGCCAAUGCAUCUUUCGACCCUACGACCGACAUAGGGGCUAAAUUUAAUCAUCUCAAGCUCAACACAUACCUGCAUGGGCUGAAUAAACACUUGAGCGAGGAGAACAAACGUCUCCAGGGACUUCUUGGGCAGCAACAAGACGUACGAGGCGAGAGCGCAUCCCCAAAAUCCGCCAAGGUUCUGUCUGACAUUGUGCAAGCACUCCAAGAGGACUUGGCUCAAAUGCAGGCAGAGCGCGAUGAACUAAGGGAUGAAGUGGAGAAGAUGGAUGAGAUGGCGAAGGAGUUCCGCAAACGUGACGAGAAUCAAGAAAAACAAGUCGAAUCAUUAGAGUUGCGUGUCAAGAAGGCUGAGGAAGAACUCAAGCGACGCACCGAACUGCACGCAAAGAGUGCGAAGGAGCUUACGGAAGGGGCAGAGGCCAUCAUCAAUGAAAUGCAAGCCAAACUAGAUAACACGGAGGAGCAGGUGAAGUCGCUGCGCACGAGACUGGUCAAGGAAGGGCAUGAAGCCGAGCGAGUGCGUGAAGCCGAGGAGAAUGCUGAAGCACUGAGGGACGCGAAGACGAAGGUUGAAGUGGAGUUGGUCAAGGCGACGCGCGAGGCGAAUGAUCUAAAGGAGCAAGUCGUAAUUCUAGGUAGUUCUGCUGCGAAGCUUGAGGGGGAUGUCGAGAGGCUGGAGGACAACCUCGCGAACGAGAGGGCUAACGUCAAACGCUUACAGGAAGAGGGCGAGAUUCGUACUUCCGAAGAUCGCAAGAAGCUGAUCGCUCUGGAAGCCAAGCUGGCGGAAAGACAAAUGCUUUUUGAACAGCAGGACCAGGAGAUCCAAGCGAUGGACAAUGACCUUGCCAAUGCGAUGUCUCACGAGGCUUUAAUGGAGGAACAGGUUCGUCAGAUGGAGGCAGCUCUCAAGGAAAGUGAGGAGAAACUUCAGAUCGCGGAUGAAGAUAUACGGGUGUAUCGCAGGAAGGUCGAGUUUCUUUCAAAGGAACGUGAACAGGCUCAACUUGAGGCUGCCCAUGCCCGAGCCAAGCUUGGGAAUCCUUCGGACAGUCAUGAGGCGGAGGACGUCUCAUCGACAUCUGGAUCGUCCACAACUGUCGCAGAAGGAACCCUUCCUGUCUCCCAAGCAGAGCACGAGCGCAUCGUCUCGGACCUCGAAGCCCAGCUGGAGGACGCCGAACGUGAAAUUGGCCGACUCGAGCAUGCUAUGAAAGAAUCGCCUGCGCUUGAAGCUAUCAAGAAAGCCAAGACGAUGCGCAUCGAGGCCCUGGAAGCGGAUAACAAAGAGUUGCAGGAGCAAGUCACUACUUUGCAAAGCGCACUUCAGGAUAUAGCAUCGACGAACCCCAAUACUCGCACGCCUAUGAAAGGGAAUGCAAGCUUUGGGACGAUGCGGGGGUGGACUACGCCGUCGUUGUUGAAGACACCAAGGACGCCCGGAGGAGCGCUUAGAGACCUCUCAUGGCUUCAAAAUGCUUCGAUCUCAGGGAGCGUGGACAUCCAGCCGUAUGUCGCCCGCAUUCAGGAGCUGCAUGAGCAACUUGACGAAGCAGGCGAAAAUCUCGACCAAAUGGUCAACGAACUUGGUGAAGCAGGCCUGAGCGUCGUUAAGCUUACCGAAGCCCUCCAAGCGUCUCGAGGGAGAGUUGACGAGCUGGAGAAAGAAGUGGGCGCUUGUAAACGAAGUGAAGAUCGUAUCCGUAAGCGUUUGCAGCGGUGUAAAUGUGGACAAUGUGGCCGUCGAUUUGAUGCUUCUAAUUUGUUGCAAGUGAAUCAUGAAUUGACUACCCUCAGAUCGCAGUGGGCGGCAGAGAAGCAGGCACAUAUCAAUGAGAAAACUGUUCUUCGAGAUGCAGCAAGCCGCCUCAAUGCAGAGAUCAAAGUCGAGUCGGGUAAGCUGGAGCAGGAGCGUCGAAAAGCCAAUGAGGAUGCCAAGAGGAUUCAGAAUGAAUCUGAGCGCGAGAAAGAAAUGCUACAAAUGGAAUUGGAUCGUGCACGGAAGUCGAUUUUGGCAAUAGAAAGCGACCUUCGCGAGGAGAGGAAUAAGCUUCGUUCCAUCAACACGGAACAGAAGCGCGUAGAGAGGGAAAAAGCAAAUAUCGUGGCCAAACUGAGUCAGACCGAGGCUCAUAUGACUGAUGUUCGCGAGGAGCUUCAGAAGGCCAAGCGCGUUAGCCGAAAAUUGGAGUCCGAACUUCGGGAACAAUCUGGUGCAGAGGAGAAGAUCCAAGAGCUGACUAAAAAGUUCUCAGGAAACCAAGCCCUACUCGAUACUUUACGCAGUGAACGGGAUACACUCAUCGCAGAACAGGCAGAGCUCCAGCGGAAGUUUACCAAAGCCACUGAAGACACCGAAGCAAUACGAAACCAGUUGUCCAAGUCUCAAGCUGCACACAAUGAUCGCAGACACCAGCUCGACCUCCGGGCAACCGAGGUUGAAGACCUCCGACUUCAGCUACAGGAACAAGCUGUUGAAUUGCACGACGCCGAACUAGAGAAAAAUCGCUUAGCAAAAGAGCGUAUGGAAGUGGCGCGAACAAUAACCACUUUGGAAGCAGAUCUCAAGAGAGUUCGCAGAGACGCAGAGAAUAUCCGAAAGGAUGUGGCCCUGCUUAAAAAUGAACGGGCUGGGCUGUUGGCGAAGACUCAUGAGGACAAGCUCACCAUUGAGAGGGCACAAGCUCACGUUCGGCAGAUGCACAGUCAACUUGUUGAAAUGCAGCGGAAGGUCCGGGAAGUCGAGGAAAGCCGAACUGCUUCAGCACUCGACUCUGAGGCAUUGGAGAAGUUGAAGCUUGUGCACAAUAAAGAGUGCAAAGGGUUGAUGCUCCAAAUUCGAUACCUGAAGGCAAGAUGCACACGAGAACAUGCAUUUAGGUUGGAUCUUGGAUAUCAGAAAGUGUACCUCUUGAAGGUUCUUGAGGCUCACAACGUAGGUGAAAGGAGUAUCCUUGCAUCGAUAGCACGUCUCGGCUUCCCUCCUCCGAAAAGGACGAAUAAAUCCCUUCGAACCAUUGUUAUGGCUGUGAUUUUCGUGCAUAGAACGAAAACCGCACGGGAAGCUUGGCUGCUCAAUGUCGCUUCCAAGCAAGCAGUCCAAGGGGCGCUGGAAGAAGUCAGAAAACGGAGAGCGACCCAAAAAUCUUGAGAACCUUGGCAGUAUUUAUCAUAUCAAUGAUUUCGUCGCAUUCCUCACAUGUGGAU